CGUUGUUUUUGUCGCUUUUCUGUUUAGAUUUUGCAACUCGACGCGUCCAAAAUCCACCUGCCUUUGAUCAGCUGGUGCGUCUCCGCUUCUCCGUCUUUUGUUUCGCUCGGACGCUUGUUAAGGAUCAGUCCCUCUGUAUUGUCACGACUUUUCGUUCUCUGCAACACUCUCGUCGUCAAGUCAGCAUUUUGCCCCGACACACUACACAGUUGCUCCCAUGCACGGCAUUGGCGCGUCACUUCGUGAUUUCGGGCUAACGUUGCGCACAAACUUGCGUCGCCGACCAGCGUCUGACGGCGGCGAUGGGAGCUUUUUUGUCGACCCGAAUGCCAGCGGCUCGUCGGCGGCCGGAUCGCCGUCGAAUGGGGGCGACGCAUCUGCAGGGUCGGCUUUGAUGAACGGUGCCGAUUACAAGGCGGACGCUGAGCUGGACUCGCGCACGCUCGAUCGCCUCUCGUCCCGCGUUCAGAAAAUUCUCAAGCUGAUCAAGAGCAAGAAGCUCACACUGCGCAACUCGCCGCCAUUUUUGCAAGAGCUGCUUGCCGAAAUCUACCAACACCUCAAGCUCAUCCUGUCGAAAGCAGAGCUCGAGACGCUGCGACAAAUUCCGUACUUGACCAUCACGCUGCAAAACAUCUUCCUCAAGCUAUACAACAUUUCAUCCCUGAUCAAAAAGGGCAAGCAUGAGGACUUGCAGCAGGAAGAAUCGCACAUUCGGCGCCAACUGACCAAGUUCACCCUGAUUCUCUCGCACAUUGUGACGGAUUUCAAGGCCGUCUUCCCAAACGGCAAGUUCUGCGACAAGGACCUCAAGAUUGCCAAAAAGGAGGCUGCCGACUUUUGGAAGGCCAACUUUGAUUUGCGGUGCAUCGUCCCGUGGCACGAGUUUUUGGCUGCCUUCAAGACCGUUCAUCCAAUUUCCACACCACAAGAGGCGAGCGCACUUCGGACGACCAUGAAUUUGACCGACUACAACCACAUUUCUUGGUUUGAGUUUGAUGUCUUUACACGGCUCUUCCAGCCCUGGUCGCAUCUCGUGAACAACUGGAACGUGCUUGCCAUCACCCAUCCCGCGUAUCAAGCAUACAUGACCUACGACGAAGUCAAUACGGUUUUGAAGCCAUUUGUCAACAAGCCUGGAAGCUACGUUUUCCGAUUGAGUUGCACACGUCUUGGCCAGUGGGCAAUUGGCUACGUCAACGCCGAAAAGAAGGUUGUCCAAACCAUUCCAAACACCAAGUCCUUGUAUCAGGCGCUGAUUGACGGCAGCGUUGAUGGAACCUUCAAAUACCCCAUGGGCCAAGAUGACAACCCUGAUAUUCAACGCCAUGUUACAGUCACCCCGGCAACGCACAUCAAAGUAUCCGAGGAGCAAUUUGAGAUUUAUUCAGACAUUGAGUCAACAUUCGAACUUUGCAAGAUCUGCUCCGUCAACGACAAGAACGUGCGCAUCAAUCCUUGCGGCCAUUUGCUGUGCUUGGCUUGCGUGACACACUGGCGGUCGACUGGCUCGCAAGUGUGCCCUUUCUGUCGCGAUCAAAUCAAGGACGUCGAAAAUGUCAUUAUCGAGCCGUUCAAGAAGCGGUCUGCUUCGCAGAAUGGCGAGGAGGAGGACGAUGACAGUGACUCGUUGCCAGACAUUGAUCUCUGCAUGCUUGUUGCGUCCAAGAUCUCACGGAAGGAAUCUCAUGACGAGGAUGAUCAUGCCAGCAACGGCAGUAGCAGCAGCAGCUCUGCCGCCGCUUCCAGCAGUAGCAGCAGCAUCAACAGAGGACCAGUGCCACAGCCUCCUGGCCUCAACGCGCAAAGCUCUGCAGCCGCUGCGACGGCUCCAUCCAUGUACGCGACACCCAUUCGCAAGUCCGCGGGUCUCACCACCGCCGCAGCAGCUGCUAGUGGGCCACCGCCGUUGCCCCCAGCAAACUCGCGAGCGAGCCCGCAUCCGUUUGACGACCGCCCUUCCAACGGCCCCAUGCUGGUGCCCAGCAGUCCCUUCGCCCAAAGCUCCCCUUCCGCUGGCGGUGCGCCUGGCCCUGCUCUGCCGCCACGCCGCCCUGGCACCGGUUCUUCAGCGGAGCCUCCGGCUGCCCUCCAGUCAUCCCGAGGUCUGCCGCCUUCUCCAGGGCUUGCGCGCGCUUCACCUCCGUUGAUUGCGCCCAUCGCCAGCCGCGAUGGCGCACCCUCGCUUCCUCCACGCAACGCGAACGCCUCGGCUCCUCCGGAACCCGACAUGUCGCUUCAUCCUAGUCUUCAACAACAAUACUCGAGCAAUUCCAGCAGAGACGAAGUUCCACCCGUCCCGCCGUCGCGGUACUCGUCGGGCUCGGUGCGAAGCUCCGCGCCCCGGUCCGUCCCCGGUGCGCGUGGUGCGUUUGAUGAGCUGCCACCGCUUCCGACGGCCUCUGCAAAUCGUGCACUACCGCCACCUCCUCCAGCAGCAGCUGGUGGUCGCGGCAUGGCACCAAAUCCUCCGACGACCAUUUGCCCCAUGUGUGCCACCGACCUGACCGGCUUUGACAACGAUCGCGUGAACAGCCACAUUGAUCGAUGCCUCCGCAUCUAGUGAGAAGGGCGCGUCCUUUUUCGAUAUUUGCAGUCCCAAGGCAAACUGCAGCCGUCGACCCGAACUGAACCAUGUGCUUUUGUGCAUCGCUUUUCUUGUUGUGCAGGAGAUGUUGCUUUCCUUUCGUGCUCUGCUUUGUUGGCACUUUUUUGUUGUUUUUCAGCGUUGAGUUGUGUUGUCGUGUAUUUGUUGUUUCAUGUGCGUAAGAGUUUUUCGUUUCGUAUUCC